CCCAGAGGAUCAAACGCUCGACAGCCCUGCUCCAUCUGGAUCUUCAAAUCUCACUCAAGGUUGUUUCUGGACUUCCAACUAGGUCAUGGACCAUUCGUAAUCAUCGCUAGGCCAUAUCGCGAUGUCCUUUUCUCUUUCUCCGCUUCCUAUCCCCUUUGCUUAACCAUUCGAUCCCUAAAAAUAUGGUGGAGGUUCUCGGUCCUGUCUCUGCUCGUCCGCCGACUCCACCAAGGACUUCAUCCUGUAUGCUGUCCGAGAAAGAUCGAAGGCAAGAUUCUCCGGCUAUUGUGCAUACGCCUCGUGACUCUCCUUUCUCUGUCAAUGGUUCGACCGGCGCUCCUUCGACCCGUCAAUCCAAGCGCGUGAAUUUCUCGCCUUGGACUAAAUACAUCAAACCUCCGACAUUUACGAAUUCCGCCGCGAAAUCGCGACCCGAGCUGAAAGUUCUCCCACCUUCGAAUGAACUCAAACCUGCGAAGUCGAUCCUGAAGCCGACGAGCUCGCACGCUUCCGCCGAUUCUCCUUCCUCCGCUCCCCACACUCCCGAUUCUUUCGCCAUGCUUCUUGAAUCCAUCCUUCAGCAACUAGCUGGCGACACGGUCAGCUCCAGAUUGGACGCAUAUAUGCAAUUUUUUGGGGCGCUAAGGGCAUACGAAGGGAUUCCCGGGGAGCAGGGAAUCAUUGCGAAAUUGGGCACAAUUACACAUUUUAUCCAGCGCGAUGUCAACAGAGACCUGGCGACGGGAGGACCCUUGAACACCAACCUCGUGAUCCAGGCGCUGAAGCUUGCUGUGGCUCUUGUUUGGCACAAUGAGAUCUCUGCGCGGCUCUCAGACGAGUUCAAGGCAUUUCUUAUUGACCACUCGAUUGAUUGUCUACAGGACGCGAAAGUGCCUAAAUCUGUGAUCACACAUUAUCUAUCUGUCUUGGCCACACAGAACUUCAAUGCAAAAGUCAUGACCAAUGCCAGAGUGAUACGUCUUCUCAAUGUUUUGAAUGACCUUACCCCUCGUGUCACUGGAAACGCAAUUGUUUCUCAGCGGUUGAGCAUCUAUUCCCGGGUCCUCCACCAAUCAAAAUCGACUUUCGUCUCUCAUGCAGCCUUGUGGAUGGAGCAUCUUAUCUCGGGAUUGCUUCAUCACAUGAAGGACACUCGCAUAAAGGCUAUUUCUGUCGGCUUCCAGACCUCUAUAGCAUGCGGCCCCAAUCCUACGCUAUCAAAGGCCGUUCGGGAUGUGCUUGGUAGGUUCAUAGACAAAGGCAGAAAGAUGGUGACUGAAGUAUGUGAGCGAAUGUCACGGAUGAUGAACAAUCCCGAGUCCGGCAUCCAUGUACCACAGGUUUGGGGUGUGAUCAUACUGCUUCUGAGGAGUAAAAGAUUCAACGUCGACCAGUGGGAGCAUUUCAAAGAAUGGGUUCUGGUUCUGCAAAAGUGCUUCAAUUGCAGUGACUCUUCCAUCAAAGCGCAGGCCAUUAUCGGCUGGAACCGAUUUGUCCUUGUUGUUGGCCCUAGCGAUACAACAAGCCCUUCCAUACUCAAGAUGCUGAUCAAGCCAAUCAUGUCCCAAUUCGACCGCAAGAAGCACGACAAACAGCCCAGUCAGCUCGCACUGUGCAGUUACUAUAAUCUAUUGUACUAUGCCUUCCGUCCGUCUGCAACUUUUGAGCACCUUGAUGUUGUAUGGAAAGAGUACAUUGCCUCGCCUUUACCGACAAUAUUUGCGUCAGUUCAUGGUAUGCACGAUCGACUGGCUCACGUGCUGUCCAACAUGUUCUGGAGCUCACACCCCAAGCCCUGGAUCGAGAACAAGGUCAAUGAGAGCAACAAACUGGAUCCGGAAGAACUACCCCCGAUCGAUAGCAAAUGGCUAAGGUCAAGGAUCUCAUCGGUUCUGGAUGUUCUUGAAAUUGUUUUCAAGGCACCGAUUUGGUGUGAUUACCCUGAACAGUCGCAUAUUGGCGCCGCGUGGCUGAAUCUAUCCAGAGCUUUGUCGUUUACCUUCAGCAAGGAAAUUACACCAACUCCCGAGUCAAUGCAGACCGUGGCUCACAUCCUGAUAUUUCUCCAGCGCAUCUGGAAUAUGGGACCAGACGCGCUCAGUGCUAAACAACCGGAUGACACCAUGGACAUAUUCUUUGAGCGAUUCCGAUUCUUGUCUACUACGAUGAUCUACUCCCUGGGAAGUGCUCGGUUUACAGAAAAGCUCAUCCUCCGAACAUCCGACGACUCGUUUCAAGCCGCUGCUACGCCCACCCAUCGCCAAUCAAGGGCAAGCGCCAAUCUGAGCACCCCAACCUUACACUACCUUCGAAUGAUCAGCGAAAUGUCUGUUAUCACAGUGCCCAGCAAAGCUUACUCUCACUUAGUCAAUGGUGUACUUGAGGCAACAUGUAAUGAUAAGGUUUCACGAAGCUCGCGCUUGGAACUAUUGCAGCAAUGCGCGAGUCUUUAUGAUGGCUACAGCGACUCUGACUUUCCUGUGGGUCCCUUCUUGGCACAAACUGUCUGGGAGUGUACAGCGCAGCUUGCCGCGGAUUCUCUACGGUCACUCCCAAUGGAAACUGCUCGCGAGCGCGAUGGAUCCGUGGCUCGAGACUAUGGAAACGCUGUGAAAGUUCUUUCUACCGGGUUGAGUUACCACCGUGAUUUUCAGGUAUGGAACGAGCUUCUUGACUCGCUCAUUCGUGUUGUGAGAACCGAGAGAGGUGACCAAGCAAUCACCAUCAUGAUAAUCGAACCCCUGGUUGAAUCUAUCGUGAAGGUUGAUGCCCGGAAGACUUACCUGCCGUUGGCCUCUAUCCUCAAGCAUUUGCUUUCUAUCACUUAUUAUCAGCAAUCGGAGAGAGGAGCCGAUGGGAAACACCUGCCGUUUCAAAAGCUUAUCGAUUUGGUUGGCCGCACCUUAAUCGGAUCAUAUGAACGUUUCGACCCCUCUGAAACGAGCGGUAUGGCGGAUUUCAUUGAAUCCUUGACAUCUCUCCUGGGCUCGGGUACUCCGACUGUUCGGUCCAUGAUGCUGGAAAGCCUUCAGCUACCCCUGGCUACGUUCCUCAAAGAUGGUGACAAGAGACUAAGCGUGGAAGGUGGCGUUGAAAGCAGGAUUCUUACUGCAUGCCGCGCGCUGUCGUCAGCUGUUUUGAAUAUCUUGCAAGCGUCUUCACCCCACGAUGCCCCAUGUCUCCAAAGAUUCGAAGGUAUUAUUCAUGCCGGUCUAGAUUCUUCACAUAUCACGCUCGGUGCACCUGCGAGUACCCUCGACGAAUCGGAAUCUAAAUCCGGUUCAACCAACAUGUCGGUGAAGUCGCGUAUUUCCUUCAUUUUGGACAAUCCCAUCGACUCGGGCUUGAAUUCGUCGCCUGUUACCGGGAGCUCGGAUCGUGCAGUAACGAGAGAGCGAACAAGGGAGCUUCAUCGGGAGCAUGCGCUUGAAGCUAGCCGGCGGGCUGCUGAACAACAUGUUGCUGUUUCCGACCUGGAUCCCUUCGUCUCAGGCCCAGAAGACGGCAGCAAGCGCAGCGAGCUCUUCUCAAUGAUCGAAAAUCUGCGGUCCUCUUCACCCCCAAGCAAUACACCUAGAGACAUCCAUUUCAUGACACCGCCCCAUUUACGCCAUCUCAAUCACUCGGAUACUGAUGCGGGAACCCCGCAAACACCUCCUUUGCCGCCUGUAUCGGCUGGGCACGAAUAUAACUACCUGGGCUCGUCUCCGACUCCGGUCGCAAGGGGCCGGUCGCAAUUGAGCGACUCACAAGUACCACCACCCCAAAUACCUGCCGCAGCAGAAGCCUCGUUGCUAAACGACGACGAGCCCAGGUCCUCCCCUCCAGAUCUCACUUCCCUUCCAACCAACCAUGAAUUAUUGACCCCCAGCACUCAUGCCAAUAACGAGGCAUCCGUUGAUCCCGAGACACCCACAACUACACCCGGUAAGAGUAAGAGGGCAAAGAAGAGAGCCCGACGCUCGGCCAAGCUCAAGAAGAAGUCAAAUUCCGAGCUCAACCAGACUAAGCACGUCGCUCCGGAUACUCCAGGCGCAGUUGCAGACCAGCCUAUGACCAAACGCCUCCGCUCCUCUACUGGCAAGACUUCGGACACUCCUCUACAACUUGGCACCGAGAAGCAACCUACAGGAAAUGUCACGGACGGCAGUAAAGAGCCACGUUCUGGACCUUCCACAAGAAACUCCGGCUCUACGAAUGCAGUCGACCCCAAAGCCGUGUCUGAGAAGGAGAAGGACUCGCCUAAGAUCGUCGAAAUCCUCGAGUCACAGCCAGAACAAACCGGCAACACUGCCAAUUCACGCAAUGAUGAUAUAGAUAUGGAGGAUCAAGUGACAUCCCAGCUCGAGCAAGACCUGGAGUGUGCCGUAGAUAUGGAUGACGUUGCGAGCGGUGAACCGUUGACGGAAGCUCCGCGUGAGCCUCUGCCAUCAAAGAAACGAAAGCGUGAAGCGGAAGAGCACACGCCACGGAACAAGGAAAGACGUCGCUCCUCUCGCCUCACGAGGACGUCUGCUGCGGCUGAGGUGGGAGAUGCCAACAUCACCCGCUCCAAGAUAUCUUUGCCCGACCCGCAAGAUCUUGAGUCGUCGCCUGCCGAGUCUGCACCAAAACGACGGAAGCAUGACACUAGGGCCGAGACCAGCGACACGAUUCAACCGAUCGCCAACAGCCAAACAUCUGAACCUGCCGGUGAAAAUGACAAGGCUCAUGAAAGCCAGGACAAGUCUCAGAAGAGAAGAUCUUCCCGUCUUAGUGGUCAAGCUGCGCCUGCAAUUCCGGACGAGAUUCCCGACCAAAAGAAAACAAAGAAGUCACCUCGAUCAUCUCGCCCACGGAAGCAAGACAGGGAGAGGAAUAAAGAGACCAUCCCGGAGGAAAGUGACAUUCAAGACACAGCAGCAGAAAACGAGCCAGAGGUCACAGCCGAUGGCGAAGUUUUCGAUCAACCUAUUCAUGCUGAGAGGGCCACGGAUGCCGCUGUCGCACACCAGGAAGUCCGGGAGACACUAAAGCCUGAGAGCACGGCGCAAUCUGCGGUCAAGGCUCAGGAGGUGGACGUCCAGCCGAGCCAGCCAGUGCCUGUUGAAGAUGAGCAGCCGUCAGCAGACAGUGACAUUCAAAUGGCCGAUGCGCAACCCAUCGCCGAGACUUUGCCCCAGCCGCAAAAGACCCCAUCCGGCAGCAGGGAGAAGAGCCCUGAAAAGAGAAAGAAGAAAACCCGAGGUGCAUCCCGCGCCAGCCAAGCAGGGACCGAGACCCAGGCAGAAUCGACGUCAGCUAAAUCAGACGCGGAAAUUGCCAGCUCCCUGCGAAAGGUGCUUGACGACGUUAAAUUGGCCAAGCUGGACCGCCAGUCCCUCAAGGAGAUUGACGACCUGCUGUUCGAUAUUCGCGUGGAAACGCAUGAGGCAAUGAGGAGAAAUAGAGGUUGAAGUUGUACUUUUUUUUUUGCAUAGCGAUGGCGUUUAAGAAUUUCGCGGGGUAUUCAUUUAUCUAGGCCUUAUACUCUAUACACCCUUAUCUUUAUCUUUUCUCUUUCUUCUGUGUCUUUCUUCUGUGUGUUCUUGAGAAGGGAAGGGAAGAGAUGAAGAUAUGCGUUCUACUCGUUUUGCUGUAUCCAUCCUUCAUGCUAGUAUGUUACGUUUUGCCUGUUUGAUUCAGGUUUUGUACAACGCUUUCGGAGCCGGUCCUGGCAUUUGAAGUAUAUUUAAACUGUCACAUUGAGCGAGUUUCAUCGGAAGAACCUCUAUGGCGUUCAGUCAAAAAAGUCUCCCAAUACCUCUCCCGGUAGCUGCUAGUGAGUAGGAGUAGGAGUAGAAUUUCAC